AUGAACAACAAUUACAGCAUUAAGAAACAACAAAAUAAUUACAAUAUUAAUUUAUUAAUAUUGCAUAGUGCAAAGAAACAAAGAAAAAAAUAAAGCAAAACAAUUGAAAUUAUCAUAUAGUGUAUAUAAAAAGAGCAUGGACACACAGGAGACACAACCUCAACGUUUCAGACCCACUUCGUCUCCUUCCUUUCACAACAUAACUCCCUCUCUCUUUCUCUCUCAAAUGGAGACAUCAGCGACGAAGCUCCACCUCGACCAAAUCAGAGCUCUUAAACUUCUCGGCAAAGGCGCCACCGGAACCGUUUUCCUCGUCCACGACUCUGUUUCCGACUCCUCUGCUUCUUCUCCCUUCGCUCUGAAGCUCGUCGACAAAGCCUCCGCCUCUUCUCUCCGCCGCGCCAAAUGGGAAACUCAGAUUCUCCGACGUCUCUCCGACGAACCGAACCCUUUCCUCCCGCGUCUCUUAGCUACCUCGGAGUCCUCUGAGUUCUUUGCGUGGGCCAUGCCUUACUGCUCCGGAGGUGAUCUUAACGUCCUCCGCCACCGCCAAAACGACGGCGUUUUCAGCUCCUCUGUUAUUAAAUUCUACUUGGCUGAGAUUCUCUGCGCGCUUGACCACCUUCAUAGCAUGGGGAUCGCUUACAGAGACUUGAAACCUGAGAACAUCCUCCUUCAGGAAUCAGGUCACGUGACUUUAACUGACUUCGACCUCUCGUGUAGCCUCAACAAACCCACCCGACCCGAAUUCUAUCUAUCCGACCCGGAACCGGAUCCGAAACUUAAAACAAGUCUGAGAUUUUUCCGGCAGAAGAAGAAGACGAAAUCCGCUCGGGUCAACCCGAUUACCCGACGGAGAAUGAGCUUUUCCGGCGGCGAACGGUCGAAUUCCUUCGUCGGAACCGACGAGUACAUAUCGCCGGAGGUAAUCCGCGGCGACGGACACGAUUUCGCCGUCGAUUGGUGGGCGCUCGGCGUCCUGACGUACGAGAUGAUGUACGGAGCGACGCCGUUCAAGGGGAGAAGCAAGAAGGAGACUUUUCGUAACGUGUUGAUGAAGGAACCCGAGUUCCCCGGAAAACCGUCGGAUCUUACGGAUUUGAUCCGACGACUUCUUGUGAAAGAUCCGACGAGGCGGUUAGGUUUCCGGCGCGGCGCGGCGGAGAUAAAGGAGCACGCUUUCUUCAGGGGAGUGAAAUGGGAGAUUUUGACGGAGGUGUUAAGGCCUCCGUUUAUUCCGCUGAGAGAUGACGGAGAAUCGACGGAAAACGUAACGGCGAGUGGGUUUGGUGUAAAGGAAUAUUUCGAGAAACUGAGGACGCCGUUACCGCACGAGUGUCCUGAAAACAAUCCGUUUGUUGAUUUCUGAUCCACGCGUGGGAGAAUCUAACACUUUUAUUAAUUACUAGAUUUUCCUUUUUUUUCUGUGUCUUUUAAGCUUUUCUGAUUUUGAUGUGUAUAAAAAAUAAUUGUUAGAACGAAAAUCAAGAAAGCAUCAACAAAAAAUUAAAACAA